AUGACUUAUAGGCCGCCCUAUACUACUCUGGCUAACAUCAAGCAAGAACCCGGUGAGUCUUUGCAAGACUAUUUUAAACGUUUUAAUGCCGAAGUAACAAAAGUUGAGAAGGCUCCCGAGUCUUCGCUUGUUUGCAUGUUAAUAACAGGUGUCCUGCCAAGAACCGAUUUUUGGAAGGAGUUACAGGCCCGGAGACCAGAAUCGCUAGUCGAAUUCUUUGCCAUGACCGAACCGCAUAAGAGAAUUGAAAAUUCUCUGGUAGAAUUGGAGAAAGGCAAAGACAAACGUAAGUCACCAGUACCGCGGUCACGAUCCCGCAGUCCCCGAGGGAAAAAUUCCAGAGGUCGAAGCCCAAGAAGACGCAGUCCACGUAGACAGCGAAGCCCGAAAUUGGCCAAGUCCCCUCCAAAGAAGGAGUCCUCGCCGAAAAGAAAAGGCGGACCACGCUUCGUGAAUUAUACUGAGCUCGCGGUACCACGAGACCAUAUCUACGCCAUCAAGGAAAAGAAUGGGGUCUUCAAGAAGCCACCCCCGAUCAGGGGAAACCGCGACAAGAGGGAUCCCAAGAAAUUUUGUAAGUACCAUAAAGAUAUUGGUCACACAACUUUGGAGUGUUGGGUUUUGCAGUAUGAGAUUGAAGAGCUGAUCAGAAGGGGAAAAUUUAGCAAAUACAAAAGGAACAAGGAAAGUCAUCCCCGAGCGGAUGACAAAGAGGAAAACCAAAAUGCGAGUGGCUUAAGAACGCCUCGUAAUAUAUUGACCAUCAUAGGCGGGCCCCAUAUCGCAGGUGACUCCAGAAAGUCCCAGGAGCGAUAUGCGAAGGAAGCCAAAGAGAAGCCACUCACCAACGUGAACAAUCUCAGUGAGCGACCAGAGAAGUUAUUCAAGAGAGAAUGCGACGACAUCACAUUCAUGGAGAGUGAUGCGAAAUGGGUCCAUCACCUGCAUUCCGACGCACUGGUAAUUGUUGCCAAUAUUGGCGGAGACAAUGUCCACCGUAUACUCGUGGACAACGGAAUUUCAGUAAAUCUCUUGAACUUCCAAGCAUUUAAGCAAAUGGGGUUGCAUGAUAAGGAUCUGCGACCUGUUACGUCGAGUAUAUAUGGUUUUACCGACGACGUUAUUGCGUUGAAAGGAAUGAUUUGUUGGUUUUUGUGCCCUAAAUAA